AUGGGAGAUGUGUAUACAUUUGCCCCGACUUUCCGGGCAGAGAAGUCUCACACUUCAAGGCAUCUUGCUGAGUUUUGGAUGGUUGAGGUUGAAUUAGCUUUUGCCGGUGUAGAGGAAGCUAUGAACUGCUCAGAGGCAGUUGUGAAAGACAUGUGCACAACGUUGCUUGAAAAGUGUCGUGAUGACAUGGAAUAUAUGGUUGAGAAGGUCGACGAAUUCUGUAUUGAUAGACCUCUUAUGCCAUUUUCGGAGAACGACCAUUGA